UAUGCUGUGUCUAUGAUUCCUUGCCGACUGCGUAUUAUCCAACACGCUCUGUCGGAGUAUUCGAGUUUUUUCUCAACUCACAAAACCCUCUCCCCAUCUUCAACCUGCAAAACCUUCCCAUUUCCCAGAUACCACUUAAAAAUACCCGAGUCAGAUCAGACAGGAGACAUCAGACAUCAAAAUGUCACAUUUAAUCUCGACUUAUUGCACCCUAAAGCCUUCAUCUAUCACAAAACGUUAUUCUAUACCAUCAAAUCAAUGCUCAAUGAAGUGUCUUACUGCCGUCUCAUUCCAUAAUUGUACAUCUCCAUCCAAAAACCUUGUUUCAGGUGGAGCAAAAUCCACUAGACUACAGACUCCCUAUGCAACCGCUACCCAUCUAAGCCAAGAAGCUGAAGCCCGACCAGAGUCUGGGUCCCACUCCAACCAAGUACAUAAUGAGUCCUCCAAGCCCAAGCGAGUCAUGAUCAUUGGUGGUGAUGGCUACUGUGGGUGGGCCACUGCCCUCCACCUUUCCAACAAAAAUUAUGAAGUAGCCAUCGUAGACAGCCUCGUCCGCCGCCUCUUUGACCAACAACUCGGCCUCGACUCCCUCACACCCAUCUCUUCCAUCCACACCCGCCUCCGCCGUUGGAAAUCUCUCACAGGCAAAAACAUCCAACUCUACAUCGGCGAUAUCUGCGACUUUGAAUUCCUCUCCGAGACCUUCAAAUCCUUUGAGCCCGACUCCGUUGUCCACUUUGGCGAGCAACGGUCUGCUCCAUACUCCAUGAUUGACAGGUCUAGAGCUGUCUUCACACAGAAUAACAAUGUCAUUGGAACACUCAAUGUUCUUUUUGCUAUCAAGGAAUAUAGAGAAGAGUGCCACUUGGUGAAGCUUGGGACAAUGGGGGAGUAUGGAACUCCGAACAUUGAUAUCGAGGAGGGAUACAUUACGAUUACCCAUAAUGGAAGAACAGACACGUUGCCUUAUCCCAAGCAGGCGAGCUCGUUCUACCACCUGAGUAAGGUGCAUGAUUCGAAUAACAUUGCAUUUACUUGCAAGGCUUGGGGGAUCCGAGCCACUGAUCUGAACCAAGGAGUGGUUUAUGGGCUGAAGACGGAUGAAACGGAGAUGCAUGAAGAACUAUACAAUAGGUUCGACUACGACGGGGUCUUUGGAACAGCAUUGAAUAGAUUUUGUGUUCAGGCAGCUGUCGGACACCCACUUACAGUGUAUGGCAAAGGCGGUCAGACCCGUGGAUACCUUGACAUAAGGGACACAGUCCAGUGCGUCGAGCUCGCCAUUGCCAACCCAGCACGAUCGGGUGAGUUCCGGGUCUUCAACCAGUUCACUGAGCAGUUCUCUGUCAAUGACCUCGCCCGGCUUGUCACAAAAGCUGGCCAGAAUCUUGGAUUGGAUGUCCAUACCAUAUCUGUCCCAAACCCAAGGGUGGAAGCAGAGGAGCACUACUACAAUGCUAAGCACACAAAACUCAUUGAACUCGGCCUGAAACCUCACCUCCUAUCUGACUCUCUUCUGGACUCAUUGCUCAACUUCGCCAUCGAGUUCAAGGACCGAGUUGACAUGUCACAGAUCAUGCCUAGCGUUUCUUGGAGGAAAAUCGGCGUCAAGCAUAAGACAGUUGCUACCUAGUGGAGUCGAUAAAAACACGUCAUGGGGAUGUGGGAUCCUUGCCCUUGCUCGAGUGGUAGACUCUCGGGAGUUUCAACACCCGGUCAAGGGUUCGAGUAUCCAUAGGUGGUGAAAGCCCACUACGGCGUGAGUGUGUGGGGGUGUGUAAAAAAAAAACAGAAAAA